CCGAAGAAGAGGAGCCGAAGAAGAAAUAAAUAGCUUUAGCUUUCCUGCUGUUAGACAGUAGUUUGCAGAUGGGUUUGUAGAUAAACAUGACUUCAGUUCAGCCCCAGAGAGAGAUGAUGAACGAGCUGUUAACUCCUGCUGAAGAAACAUUUACUGAGUUUAAAGGAAUCAUCGUCAAGACCGAGGAAGAGCUCGAUGGUCAGCACAGACUGCUGGAUUUCAGCCGGAUCCCCCUGAUCAUCUUACACCGAAUAGAUCUCUCGCAGUAUUAUGUCUGUAAAGAGGAGGGGGUUCUUACCGACCUCAGCAACCAGGAGGGGAACUCCACUUUAGAUCAAGAUGAACCGGAACCUCUGCAAAUAAAACAGGAGCAAGAGGAACUAGAACAUCAACAGUUCAAAGUAGAAGAGGAGCAAAUCUGCAUCAGUAAGGAUGAAGAGCAGCUUGUGCUGAAACAGGAGACUGAUGACAUUUUGGUGAUUCCUUUUAAUGUGCAAAUAAUCCACAAGGAAUCAGAACCAAACUGGAACCAACUCAUCUCUCAGGCCUCCCCUGAAGAUGAGAACCGGGAUCAGGAAAGAAGCAAUUCUGAAGACACAGGAAAAUGGAGAAAAGAAGAGCAGAAACAAAGGGAGAGAUGCCAGAAAACCAAACAGCAGAGAGGAGCCGGUGAUGGUUCAACACAGAAAACGCAAAAGAAAACUCAACCAGACCAAAAUACAUAUUCCUGUACAAUUUGUGACAAAAUCUUUUCUACAAACAGUCACCUGACUAGACACAUGAGAACGCACACAGGUGAGAGGCCUUACUCAUGUGUGACCUGUGAAAAAGGUUUCAAAAAAAGAUCUCAUUUAACACGUCACAUUAGAACUCACACAGGCGAGAAGACGUUCACAUGUACAACCUGUGGGAAACGUUACAGUGACAGAGAUGGUUUAACUUAUCACAUAAAAACUCACACAGGCGAGAGGCCUUACUCAUGUGUGACCUGUGAAAAAAGUUUCAGAAAAAGAUCUCAUUUAACACGUCACAUAAGAACUCACACAGGCGAGAAGCCUUUCACAUGUUCCACUUGUGAAAAAAGUUUCACUCAGAAAAGCCUUCUAACAAUUCACAUAAGAACUCACACAGGCGAGAAGCCUUUCUCAUGUGUGACCUGUGAAAAAGGUUUCAGAAAAAGAUCUCAUUUAACACGUCACAUGAGAACUCACACAGGUGAGAAGGCUUUCUCAUGUGUGACCUCUGAAAAAAGAUCCUCUUCAACACGUCACAUAAGAACUCACACGGGUGAGAAGACGUUCACAUGUAUAACCUGUGGAAAAAGUUACAGUGACAAAGAUGGUUUAACUUAUCACAUAAAAACUCACACAGGCGAGAAGCCUUACUUGUGUGUGACCUGUGAAAAACGUUUCAGGAAAAAAUCUCAUUUAACACGUCACAUGAGAACUCACACAGGCGAGAAGCCUUUCACAUGUUCAACUUGUGAAAAACAUUUCACCAGUAGAAGCAAUUUAACUGUUCACAUGACAACUCACACAGGUGAGAUGAUGUGAUGUGAACUUAAUGGUGCUUGGUAACUUGCUGUUUAGAAGGCAGAGUAUUUACAGCUGGAUCACAUUUUUAUAAUGUAACAGCUCGGUUAAAAAAACCAUUUCAAACAAGCUGAAAUACUUAAAGUGGACCUUCUUCUGACAAUUUUCAUUAAUAUGUGUCUUAAUUAAAAUGGCCAUUAAUACAUGAUUGUUCCAAGUAAGAUAUUAAUAGUGUGUUUUAAAGAAACAACGGGUUAGCAUGUUUUCAGAUGUCUACUGCAGCAACCUUUUAGUCUUUGUGUAUGUUUAUGUUUUGUUGUACUUAUACUGUGUUUUGGCUCUGUUGAUGAAAUAGUGAAUACAUAUUAGAUGUGAAUGUAUGGACUGGUAGGCUACAGAUUAAUUUCCAUGGGGAUUCAUUCUGAAUUUCACUCUAAAUAUCUCACAUUUUACCAUUAUUUUUCUCUUGGUUUCUGAUUCACAAAGGAAAUCCAACUCAAAUUCAAAAAUACUGUAUUAAUUUAAAUGGAAAUAAAAUGAUGUAGCUCA